UUCAUCUUAAUUAUAGUAAUUAUUUUGUGAUGGGCAGUGGCCUAUUACUAGUAUUACUUUUGCAUGCCGUUGUCGAGUGUUUCUCCAUUUAUUCUUCUCAUGGCUAACUUUUGCUGUUCCAUUGAGAUGGAGCCUAAGACAUUAAGCCAAGGUCGACUCAACCUUGCUCGAGAAGUUGCUGUUGACAUAAUACAAAAUACACAAUCGGACGAAGCAUCAAAUCUAUUUCUAGAGGGAGGAAAGGCAGUUGUUCAAAUAAAGGAAGCCCUAGUGCUAAUUGAGGAAGCAGAAGCAGUAGAACAAGAAAGUUGCAUUGGGGAAGUAGUGAAAACAAACGUGGCGAUCGAGGCAUCCUGUCAAUGCGCCUGUCCAUCGGCGGUAAUUGACGACUCGCCUGAUCAAUCUAAGCUCAAGGAACCACUUUCAGCUCCCUUUUGAUUUGUAACUUCAUCCAUCAUCUCCAAAUAAACAGAUGCAAUAUUUUAAUUUUACUGCAUCAUCUUCUUCUUGUUUAUUUUAUUUUAUCUUUUUGUUUUUCCUUUUCGUUUUGAGCCUGACUAAUUCAGAUUCACAUCAUGUAACAAUGUAAGUUUCAUAGAAAUGAAAGUGUUUUCUAUCA